AAAAAAAGUGAUUACACAAAUCAUUUACAAGUUACAACAAAGUAGCGCGGCGACCCACCAUAGUUUUUGCCCAAUUUCCGUUCCCAUAUCGGAGCGAGAACUGAGACGGAGAUUCUGAUCGGAAGCCAAAAUUCAGAGCUCGGAUAGAGAAUGGAGAGGAAUCUUCAGCCAUUUGUCAAACGGUGAAAGUUGCACGGGGCGAAAAUCAUCUUCAAAAUCCAGGAAAGGAGAAAAGAGAUAUUGAGAAGGGAGAAAUUAUUGGAUGACAUGUUGUUGAGAGCGUGGAAAUGGUACCAGAAUUGCUUGGCGGUGCAUCCGGUGAAGACGCAGGUCAUCAGCUCCGGCGUGAUUUGGGGUUUGGGCGAUAUUUCUGCUCAGGCCGUUACUCAUUACACUGCCAGGAGUCCCCGCAAUCUUCCCUCUGAUGAAGAAAAAGAAUUUAAGAUCAACUGGAGACGAGUUGCUACCACAAGCUUGUUUGGCUUUGCAUUUGUUGGACCAGUUGGUCACUACUGGUAUGAAGGCUUGGACCGAUAUAUUAGGUUGCGGCUUCGAUUACAACCAAAAUCGUUGCGAUUUGUUGCUACAAAAGUAGCACUGGAUGGAAUAAUAUUCGGGCCGGUGGAUUUAUUUGUGUUCUUCAGUUACAUGGGGUUUGCGAGUGGAAAAACUGCUCCUCAAGUUAAGGAAGAUUUAAAGAGAGACUUUCUCCCGGCCUUAAUCCUGGAGGGAGGAGUAUGGCCAAUUGUCCAGGUAGCCAACUUCCGCUUUGUUCCGGUGAGGUAUCAACUGUUGUAUGUCAACUUUUUCUGCUUGUUGGAUAGCUGCUUUCUUUCGUGGAUUGAACAACAGCAAGAUGCUGCGUGGAAGCAAUGGUUCACGUCGUUUAUGAAUUUAAAGGAACAAGAAGGCCAAGGUGGAUAGAAGUCCUUGUUUCGAGAAACAAUAUUUUUCUUCAGAUAUGUGAUGUGAUGAUUUAGGGGUAAAAGCAUGUUGGAGAAAUACGGAGAGAUUAAAGAAGAAUUAGAGGGCCAACUCAAGGCUCUGCAAAAAUGGUGUUUGUAAAGUGAUAGCAUUGCUCUCAGGUUUAUCAGAUACAGUUUUCAGUUCAAUUUUAAAAAUAGCCAACAUUUUCACCCUUCUCUGACUUUCCUAAUAAGAAGAGAGGCUUUUUACGCUCUCAAAGUUGUUCUGUUGUGACUCUGUACCCAAUCAAAUUACAGAAAUUGAGUUUACAUUUUCACUCAA